AUGAGCAGCAGCAGCAGCGCGCGCGCCAAGCAGACGCGUCUGCUGCGGCAGGCCAGCGUGUUGCACGAGCUGCAGGAGACGCAGGAGAAGGACUCGCUGGACGGCCGCUACGCGCGCCUCAUGGCGGAGCUCGCGGCGCUCUGCAGCGACCGCAGCAGCGUCAUCACGGCCGAGUCGCUGCAGUUCUUCGCCGCCAGCGGCCGCGCCGAGCCCGUCAAGCUCGAGCGCGCGCCCGAGCGCGCCGCCGACUCGCAGCAAAAGACCUCGUCGUCCUCCUCCUCCUCCAAGCAGGACGACCUGCUGAGCGCCGACGCCGCGCGCCGCCAGCGCGUGGAGGAGCUCACGCGCUUCUUCAUGGAGGCCAAGUCGGACAUCGAGUUCGCGCUGGGCGGCGGCCGCGACUUCCACGAGGCCAAGGACAAGGACAAGGAGGCGGACAGCGAGCGCGACGACGAGCGCGACGAGGCCGACGACGAGGACGACGACAAGGACGAAGCGCUGGACCCGGAGAAGCGCCUGGCCAAGCUGCACGCGCGGCUGCUGAAGGACAAGCUGGACAACCGCGUGUACAACGUGAUGCUGGGCCAGAUCCGAGAGCAGGACCCCGCGCUGUACGGCGCCAUUUUGUGCCACCCCCUGGUCACAGGCGUGGACCCGAAGAAGGACAAGAAAAAGAAGAAGAAGCGGAAGGACCGGGAGCGCAAGGAGAAGCAGCCCUCGCAGACCGGCAUCGGAGCAGGGAUGCUGACGCCGGACUUGGCAGCGGAGCCGCUGUCUGAUGAAGACAUGAAGACGAACAUCAGUCGCUUUGUGGCCAAGAGUAUCGCUGAAGGAUCGCUGCAGGGCCUCAUGCUGGCGGCGAAGCUUGUGCUGUCGUUCCUGGGCCAUCAGAACAAGGCGAAUGAUACCGAACCGCCCACGUUCCCGCUGGCCUCACAUCUACGGGUGCUGCGAGGAGAGAAAGCGCCAGAAUAUAAGCCGAAGAGGGCGUCUACAGCGGCAGCGUCGACAACGAACGAAGUCUCGACGCCAACGAAAGCGGAUCAAACUAUGGCGGAUACUACGCUGGAAACCGCGGAAGGCAACUUCGAGUCCGACUUGCAGAAUGUUGUUCUAGAAGCCGCAGCUUCUGCUGAAAUGGAUUUGGACUCGGACACUGGAUCAAUUGCCAAGCUCCGCGCACGAUUGAGUCGGUUUGGAGACGAUGGGGAUGAUGGGGAUGAUGGCGACGACGACGAUGAUGAUGACGAUGAGCGUGGAGAAGGCGAAGACAGCCUUGGAGGAGAAGGCGUGGAUGAAGAUGCGCUGAUGGCACGCGCAAUUGCUUUAUCGCUUUCUCCCGAGGUGAACUUGAGGGACCAAAACGCAUCAGCCGAUGCUCCAUCUACUCCCAAGAGCGAGAACAAGCCGGAUGGAGAUAUUACGGACGAAAAUGAGUCGCCUGUUGUGAAAACUCGCCCGCCAAAGUUUUCUGCUGAAGAGCUGCAGGAGCUUGGUCCGUUUGCACUCCCGGAUGGCUCUGUAGCUGACGUCGAUGCAGCUACUGUGGUGAUGGCUCUGAUAGUCCAGAUGACUAAGGUGUGCAUGGAAUACCUGACGUCGUGCCAGGAGGGUGUUCUCCCUAACAAAUCACCCGUUCAGCCGCAUCCACUGACGUUCAUGCUCCUGAAUUCUUUGUUGAGGGAUCUGCACGCUUCAGCGGCACCCCAUUCUCGGUGGGCUGAAAACCCAAACUGGGCAGCUAAGUGGCGUUUGUUUUCGUCAUGCUCGAUGCUUUCGCUCUUCCGAGUUCUAGAAGUACACUUCUUCCACGUUGAAAUAAUGGGCAUUGCACCAGCUUCUGUUGGUCUUGGUCAGAUUCCCAAGUUGAAUCCUCAUGAAGGUGCGAGUGAAGGCGGAAACCCGUUGUUGGAGAGUUUGAAGAGUCUAGUCCUGAAUUACAUCUCUAUUGAGAGCUCUCAAGUUGACCCUGGGCAGGAUGUCAUCGGCUCAAUCAUAUUUUCGACUCCAGCGGCAUGUUCCCCGGUCGAUGUACAAAACGCUGCUGCAUAUUAUUACGCUCGUAUUCGCGAGCAAGCAACGACAGCGUGGGUACGAGCUUUUGGCAUUUUCUACGACGUGCAGAAGGACAGGCAUAUGCUCCUGGCAUCUAGGCUCGCUGAAUGCCUUAAGCUUGCUCGAACUGGUGAACAAAACGUUGAGUGGAAGUUUCACCAACUAGACAUUUUGUGCGCUCGGUUGGCGUUGCCAGAUAUGGCGCAGCUUUUUGUGCCCACCUGUGUUGACGUUAUUGAACACGACAGCAAGACUGAGCGAGGACAGAAGAAGCAAAAUGCUAGUGACCCAAGUGUGAAGCCAAUCGAUGAUGGUGCUCUCCAAAACGCUGCGUCAAAAACUGGAAAGAUCAAAGCGAAGUGGAGCCCUGACGUUAUUCGCGCUUCUCUCGAUUCUGGGUCUCUGAGUGCGCGAUGCCUCUACGAUUACAUAUCUGGUCAUGGACCUCCUGGUCUCCUGGAUGCGAUAAUGGAUAUUUCCGGCAGUGGUCCUAGCGACGAGGCACUAAACGCUGAUACCUUGGCAAGUGCAUACGAAGAAAUGUGGGAUAUGGGGCGCAAACAAAAGGCGGAGGCGCUGGAAUGCAUCAACCGGCUUCCUAGUCUGAUUGACUUACUUCGCGAAAGUAUUUUGUCGACGGGGUGGCACAACUUCUCGUUUAGAGACAACUACGAGUUGGUGCACGCUCCGUUACUGCCCCUUCUCGAGAAAGAGAACGAUUCGUCGAGCCUUCCAACUUUAAAUGCUCGAAUUGUCUUGCUUCGAUCAUUACAAGACUUGAUGAUUCAACGACUAGGUGGUUCGCGCGGUGAUGAGCCGCCUGCUUUAGAGUUUGAUUCUUCACGAUGCGCCGAAACGAUGACUCUUUCCGAUGGAAACCGAACGGCUAAACAGUAUACGGCGAAGCAGUGGGGAAUGGUGAUGGCUACGACUGGUUGCCCUCCUAACACUGGUAUUCACGAGUGGGGUGUUCGUCUCGAUCGAUGUGAGAAGGGACACAUUUUUCUUGGAGUUUGUACCAGAGAUGCUUCCGUUGCAACCUACGUGGGUGGUGACCGACAGGGAUGGGGGCUUAUCGGAACUCGGGCACUUUGGCAUGCCCGAAGCAAAGUCCGCGGCGAUUAUGGAGAUGGUUUCACCACCGGCAGCGUUGUUCGCGUUCGGCUGAAUACCGAUAGUGGAGCGCUUUCGUUUGGAGUUGGAGAUAGUGAUUGGGGCAUUGCGUUUGAUGGGCUAACUCAGCACGGCACGUUAUAUCCUGCGAUUGGACUGUACCAACGGGAUGACCAGGUGACGAUUUUGCCGGUUCAGCCGACUGCGGACGCGAGCUUUGCUUCAUCUUCGAGUGGCGAGAUGAUGGAGCCUAAGGGCGUUGCGAUCCCUGCUGUUCUCAAGCCGUUUUUGCACCACGCAGGAGCCCUGUUGGAGUCGUGCUGUACUUAUCUAUCCAACCCUGCGCUGAAUGACUUGGAUAUUUCGUCAGAACAACAGUCAGCUCUCACUGCUGUUCAGAAGCGUGAGCGCAUUCGUGACUUCGAGCGCUUAGUGUCUUCAUACCCUCUGCUGUUUCCGAUGGUGACCCCUCUAAUCAGUUCGUUAAGCCUUAUCCGGAACUAUCAUGGACUGUCUUCGACGCUGGCAAUGACCUUUGUGCCUUGGUGUAUUCGCACUAUGCAAUGCAUUGAGCGUGUGAACCAAGCUCUUCGAGCACUGGCUUCAUCGAGUGAAGAUGGCGACAAUGUUUCACCUGGUAACCUUGUGCUCAGUGUUGCUGGGGAGUGGGAGUUGAAGAGCAUGGCUGCUGGCAAUAUUCCAGCUCAGCAAUACCAUCUCACUCUUUCCCAAGGCAAAGACGGAUCAAUGCAAGGUCGAAGCAGUGGCUCGUUUACAACGGUAACGUUGAAUGGUAUCGCUCGGGGAACCAAGGUAUCGUUCGUGGAAACAUGGCGCCAAGGAGGCACCUGCUUGGUCGAGGGGCGCCUCCGUGCUGAUGGUACGGUGUUCACAGGAAGCUAUGAGGACACUAAAAGUCACACGAGUGGUUGCAUUGUGGGAAACAAGAUCUCGCAGGAUUCGAAGGAGACAAAUGGACGACAGUGGGUGAGCAAUCAGCUUGUUAUUUUGGAAAUGGUGAUUGCCAAUCUCUUAGGCUACUUUGGCCACGCAUUGACCAGCUUGGAAAGCGAUGAUCUACUUGUUGACAACUGCUCGAUUGAUGAAUACGACGAGUGGGUAAGCAGCAAUUUGCUUGAGGGUGGAUUACCUCUCGAUACCGUCCAAGCACAUUUAAAGAGUGUGCUUGAGCGUAGUUCGGAGAUUUCUGGAUUCGGCUCUGCUACAGCUGCUGGCAGCUUGCCUGUGCUUACCGACGCUACCAAAGCAUGGAUGCAGUUUGUACUACCAAAGACGCUGUCAGCAUCUCUUCCUAACGCUGACAGCACGCCCAUUGCUGGCGCGCGCGUGAGUAAUCCACUUUUGAAAGACCUGAUCGAAAAUCGCGGUGAAGCAGCAGCAUUAGAUCGAUGGGUUUCGAAACACGUGGGGGAGUCGCCUUUUGUGCGGCUAGGAGGAGAGCCUAUGAAAGCUACUCGGCGAACCGUUUGUGCUGCAAUGAUCUGGCACAGCGGUUCUUUGGGCUUUAUUAAGAAACACGUCGAGAGCUCACCAUCCAACUUUGCGGACAGUGACGUUCGGCCGCACGAUAAUUUAAUGCACAUCUGGAGAGCUGCUCAACGAGUUAUUGAGUGGGCGAUUCGAGCCAAAAAUUCUAUGGGCUCUUCGUACACAGUUGUGGCUGGUCUGGUGAUUCGGAAAGCUCAAUUCUUGCUGGAGGUUGAACCCAGCGCGAAGGCGUUGGCUGCUGCGGAGGCCGUAUAUGCGCUGGCGUCAGUGGAGAGUGGGGCUCAACGGAUAGCAUCGAAGUCAGCAGUGUACGAGUGUGCCGAGCGUAUAUACAGCGAUGUGUUGGUCCAAGUUGCACGGUUUGUGGAAGCUCCUAUUCGCGUAUCGACGCUAGAGUCAAGGAUGCUAAGCAACUGCACAGCGGCGUUCCUGAGGACGAUUGGAAUGCUGUCUUUCCGAAAUUUCGUUGGCGAUUCUGGUAGUAAGCGCGGAGUGCUGACUUCGGAACGUCAUGAAGUUAUCCAAUCCUCGUUUGCGUUAUCCAGUGCGUUGCAGUGGCUGUCACCAACACUAGCGGAUUUUAAAACCAAUGGCAGUCGUGGCGCCUCUCUCGGCAAGGACUUCGGCGAUUUUGGCGUUAGUUCUUCUCACUACCUUAGUGGUCUUGGCGGCUGCGGGAAGCACCUGAAAAAUGAUCUCAGGGAUUCAUUCGAGUCGUUGUAUGGAUACCUGAGUGCGUCGCUAUCUAGAGCUACGUGGGCUCAUGAUGCCGACCUGCAGCUAGUCAUUUUGCUAGCGUGGGGAAUUAUUAUCCAGCCAGACGACCAUUCGUUCUUGUCGCGCGUUGGUAUUUUCAGAGUGCUUCAAACUGUGCUGGACGAAGCACGGGGAUCAAGCGAUAUUACCGUGACAGAAGCUUCGGCAGGCCCAUCUCGUACUUCUCCCGACGAUGCAGUUUUACUUGCGGAGAAUAAGAAGAAAAUCGUCCAGGCUGCAUUGAAAGUAGUGCACCUACUAGCCGCGCAAGUUGCUCAUGCCAGUGAUACGGCAGAUGGACUUCUAAGUGCGUCCGACCUCCCGGCUACUCCAGGCCUGAGUUUAGGUUCGAUUCCACUGUUGCGCAAGCCUUCAGGCCCCGAAACACUCGGCAAGUCCGUAUUCCACAUGCUGUACACCGAGUUGAAAAACUCUUUGGAAGAAAUGCGGCAAACUCGAGGAAAUAUGCCUGUGGAUGCUCCAUCUACAGCGUUUGUGACUGAUCCUACGCAGUCCGGAGAUCCAAGUACGUCCGGAUCGGAGACGGGUUCCGGAGAUGGUCUGGACGAUGCCCAGGAGUAUUGCUAUCAGAUCUGCUCCCUUCUGUACUCAGUAAGCGGCUCCCCCGUAUGCAGAUCACACUUGUCUUCCUCUCGGUGGCUGCGUCUAUUGCUUGCUCUCGUUGACGUGAACUCGCCUCAGAUACAGAGACGAAUUUUGAAGUUGCUUCGUCGGCUCCUGCCUUCGCUCGAUCCGUCUUCCAUUAGGGUUCGUUACGACGAAGUCGAGAGUUUUGACAUGGACAGUGACGAUGAGUACGAUGUCGACGGCCAGGACGAGCCUGACCACGCCUCUACGCUGAUAAACUUCUUCGUGGGAAUUGUGGGGUCAAAUAACCCUCCUAGUGUCGCGGAAGUAUUGCUGCAUCGGCUUUCGAACUCCAGCAACCCUGGAAAGACUGCUUACACCAGCCCGGCAGAUGAUUCUGGAUUCAGCGCUGGUGGCCUUGCUGCUGAAGUAGUGCUGCUGCUUCGUUCGCUAUAUGAAUCUGAUAAGUGGGCGGAUCAUUUGAAUCGUGCAAUUGCCGACGCUCUCUCCUCAAUCCCGCAAGUGUGCGUUACUGAGCAGGGAGGAGUUGUCACGGAAACGGCAGACUCUGAUGUCGAAAUGGAAGAUAUGACGAAGGAGACCCCCUCGCUUGAGAGCUGGAACGCACAAACGUCUAGUUACGUUAAGGCCCUGUCUGCACUGUGCAUUCUCGACGGGCACAUUGAAGGCCUACACGUCGGCGGUACAGUGAAGAUUAUGCCACGAUCCGGGUCAUCUUUACAAGAAAUUGCCUUCCGAGGAGCAAGAGGUGUGAUUGUUGCUUAUGAGCCAGAGAAAUCUGCAGCCGAAGUACUGUUGCGCGGAGGUCGCACCGAUGAGAGCAGCAAUCAACAGCAGUCUCUGCUUUCGAGUCGCUCCAUACCGACGCGACCAGUCCGUGUCCCCAUCGAGGACUUAUUCCCAGUCCCAGAAGUGGAGCUGCCAAAUAAUGCCUUUUCGGACGCGGUGCUGAAAUCUUUACUUGUCGAACGAUUCCCGUACUUCUUGGCUGAAGUGAAAAAAAGCCUCAUGGACGUGAGCGUCAUGGACGCACUUAACGAAGCCGACGAGGAAGGUGCAAAUGAUGGAGAAAGCGAAGACGACGAUGAUAUGUCCAAUGAUGGUUCUUCAUCUCCGUCGGCGAUGGAUAGCGAAAUGCCUAGCGGCGCCGGCGUUGAUGAGUCGGACUCUGAAGCUACCGGAUCACCUCGUCACCAAAAGAAUAAUGCUGACAACUCUUCACCGACAGAACCCACUGAUGCCAUGGCAGAAAUGGAGAAGGAGUCACGACUUUAUCGGAUGCUACUAUGCCAGCAUGGUCUUCGCGCUUCUGCUACGCUGCUGAAGAAUGACUAUUGUGCUGCAACGUUCAUCCGUGGUGUUGGCCCUCGUGGUCUAAAAGACCUGCUAACUGUUGCCAUUUCCGAAACUCCUACGACAGCAGGAGUCGGAGAUAUCUCGUCACUUGAAGAGAGUUGGCUAAUGCUGUGGUCCCGUUGGUAUGCAAUUAGGACUGACAACUUGUCGCCGGGUCCAAUGGUUCAGCAAAUGAUGGAGAUGGGAUUCCCGAAGGAGUGGUGUGAUGUGGCUUUGGCUCGCUGCUCUCAGAAUGUUGAGGCUGCGAUUAAUUUCUGCUUUGAACACAGUAGUGAUAUGGAGCGUCUUGUUGCAGAAUAUCGAUCGACCCGAGGAUCUGGCGCAGACAGUAGCUCGAGGUCUUCUCGAAAGGAUGACUUUGAAGCGAUUAGUCCACUACUCGAACAGCUGUCCGAGAUGGGAUUCCCUUUCAACUGGUGCAAGAAGGCGCUCGCUGCGAAUCGAAAUAACGUAGAUGCAGCCUUGACGUGGAUUCUAUCAAACGGCGAAGCAUUGGAAGCUGAAGAUCGACGAGAUGAGGAAGCAAAACUUCGAUCCUCUGGUGGGGACGCAGGGGAUGGGACUGCACCGAGCCCAAUCCCCGAAGGGGAAGACACUGUGCUAAUGCCCAACCCGCUACGUGCUGUGAGUGGUCAAGCCUGCAUCGGAGAGCAUGACUUGAUGGUGGAAGGCUUGGUUGGUGGCGGUUUCGCCAGUGUUGGGGCACCUGAUUGCCUUGUUUCCAGUGGACGCUGGUACUACGAAGCGAUUUUACACACAAACGGCUGCAUUCAAAUCGGUUGGGCCGACGUAGCCUUCUGCGGUGCUGCUGAUCGCGGAGAUGGAGUGGGCGAUGGCGCACAUUCGUGGGCUUAUGACGGCUGGAGACAACAACGAUGGCAUGGUCGUUCGUCUCCGUGGGGCUCAAAGUGGAAACAAGGCGACGUCGUUGGUUGUGGCAUUGACGCGGAUGCAGGCACCAUCAUUUUCAGCUUAAAUGGAAAGAUGCGUUCCGCCAACAUGGGUGUUGCUUUCCGAGCUAUUGACUUUGCUCGGGGGGUGUACCCAUGUGCAAGUUUUAACCGAAGGGAGCGUUUGCAGUUUAACCUUGGUGGAUCUCCAUUCAAGUACCCUCCCCCGCCAGGAUUCCAGCCAAUUUUGAAUGUGCUCAGCGACAAUUAUGACCUGACUUCGGUGCCGAAGGGCUUUGACGUGAUAGGAUCCCGAGAAGACUGUCUGGAAGAAAGUAUCGGCGAAGAAAAUUAUUCCAGUGACACGCGAUAUUUCGCUAGGGAUAUGCAUCCAUCGAUGCUCCGAAGCUCAGGCCAUAGCCGCAGUAGUGGUUUUGCGUCUGGUUCCGGCGUGACGAAGGCAGAUGCCCUGGCAGAAAUCAAGGCCCUUCCGGAUAAUCGAGUGUAUGUUGAGCUGGUGGUGGUCACGCGCUCACUUGCGAUCUUGCAGGCGCGACGAGCGCUGUUGACGUUGCUUGCGAAGUGGCCUACAGAGGCUGUUGGGCCAUUCUCUGUAUCAUCCUUUUUGUCUGGCGUAGACGCUCUUCGUGCAGCCGAGAGUGAAGAUGCCGCAAGAUUUAUCGACUUCAUCAAGCUGAUGGCGAGUCUUAGUGCUCUUCAUGUGUCAAAUGCAUUGCCCAGCACGCCCCUAACGCUACCCGAUGGUGAUGCCCUUCAUCUCCUCGACUCCGGUGCCACGGGUCGGUAUGCGUUGGGUUUGCUGUCUGGAGUGGUGCAGUCGGCGUUGAACAACACGCUUUCAACAAUUACGGCAACGACGUGCAGCCCGAAUUCUCUGGUGGAUACGAUUCUUUCGUGCAUUUCGUCGGAGGUUAAAAGAGCUUCCCAACGCCAAUAUGCUCGCAUUCCAUGGAACUCAUCGGAAGCCGCUAUUACCGCCACCCUUCUUCAAAUUACAGCCGAAGCUGGCCAAACUUGGUCUGAUAAAGAGGUGCUCAGUCAUCCCAAUCUCUUCCUAGCAGAAUGGAUCAGUGGGUUGCUGUUAGAAUCCCUAGAGGAACACAAGAAAAGGCUUUCGGUGCCGAUUCACGAUCACAUUCGGCAACAGUUGCUGCAAGCUUGGAUGUCGUCGCUGAAAUCUUCGAGCAUGUGUGUCAAAGAGCGUGGCGCAACCAUUCUUGCCGGGAUUCUACAAGAUAUCUUGCCAAAGACAUCCGGGAUCGCUAAUAAGAGUGACAUCGAGGUGAUUGACGAGCAAACCAAAUUGAGGCUGAAGACGGCCUUAGAUGCCCUACCGUUGCAGCGGCUUGUCGACCUCUCGCAAGAACGAAUCCUGCGCGAAUAUCCGAACGUCCCUGUAUGCUCAAAGUACGUCCAAAGCCUUGUAGAGCUUGUUUCUGCGGCCGGCCUGGUGAUGAGCGCGGUGGGGCAAUCUCCAGAUAAACUCUUUGGAAGCAGCUCGUCUCAGCAGUUACAAGCUUGCAAGCGAAUCGAAGCUGACUUGGAUCCGAUUGACAAGAAAGAGUACGAGGAAGUGAUGGCUGCGAAAAAACUAUUGCAGGCACAGCAAGCUGCAGAGGAGGCCUUGAAGCAAGAGAAGCUUGCUGCGGAGCGUGCUGCGGCUGCUGAGGCUGGUGUUGAAAGAGAUUCAUCAUCGACACGAAGUAGUGGGGUCACCAACAUGGAGGUUGAUAACAGUGACUCGGAAGAAGCCCCUGAUAUCACGCUGUCAGCGAUUGCCAACAUGGUAACUGAGGAUACCGACGUCGUGGCAGCCGCUGCUGCUGUUGUAGGCUCAGGUGAUCGGCUAACCAUCAAUGGGCCAGGCCGAAGAACGAAAUUGCCGAUGCCCGAGUUGCUCCAGGAGAAAACUGAUGCCACUUUUGAGUUCCGUUUGCCGGAGGAAGACCCCGUCUUCGAUACGUCUAUGCUGAAUACGCAUGAAAUCGACGUAUUGGAGGCCGCUAAGCGCGGCAUCAUGGGAGAGGAGCCGAGAGGCUGGAAACACGGUAACGACGUCGGAGUGCUUGCUGAUUCUCACACACAGCUCUGGAGUGGCACUCUAACGCAAUUUAGACUUCGUCAAAAGCAAGAGGAAUCCAGCCAGCCAGAGCUGAAGGUUGGGUGCAAGGUUAUUCGCGGACCUAACUGGAAGUGGCGUGACCAAGAUGGCGGGGAAGGCAGCGUGGGUGUUGUUGAAGGCGUCUCGCCGUGGAGUGGCGUGGAUGGUGAAGGCAUGUCUGUCCGCUGGCCAAACGACUCACUUUACACAUACCGCUGGGGUGCUGACGGCAACUUCGACCUAAUUCAUGUUGAAGUGGACGAAGAAGGUAACAUCACGCACCAGCACCCUACUCCGAAGGCGAAGCAAGAGGAUGAAGGUUCAUUUGGGUCCGAGCUGCACCUUGGUGUACUAUUGUACCUUUUCGUGGCUGGCCUGAUGGAGUGGCCUGACUAUGGUGCUGCUGUUCGCGUUGUUGGUAUGAGAUAUCCUGACGGAUCUCUUUGCGUUCAAGAAUUGCAGUUAACUCGCGGCAACCCCGACAUGGGCUGGAUGCUUCGCUUUGGCACGGAAAAGUGGCAGCCUGGCACCAAGUAUAUGCUGCAACCACUCAAGUCUCUCGACUCCCCUGGGACAACCACCACUGACGGAUCAAUGGUUGAUACGCUUCGUGGAGAGUAUACGCACGCUGGCGUCAAGGAUGGAGAGCUCGUGGAAAUUCGUGGCGAAUUACAAGUGUCAACGAAGUACUUGUUCACAAUGGACCACUACAACCACUUUUCAACGCUGGGCAUCUCGUCGGACGGUCUAUCGGUGACGUGUCACAGCGGCGAGUCCCGGAACCUUGCGUUAGGCACGGUGGGAUUUACCACGGGUGUGCACUACUGGGAGGUCCACGUAGAGCAAGCUGAAUUUGGCAGCGUGUUUAUUGGAGUGUGCGAAAAGGCAGGCCCGCCCGGUUCUCAAGCCGCGUUGUCGAGCCGCCUGAAUAGGUGGCACGGAUGGGGCUUCGUGAACUUCCGUGCUACGUAUCACAACAGUACAGAACGCAUCUACGGCGAUCACUUUAACGCGAGUGAUACCAUUGGGGUUCGACUCGACAUGGAGCAGGGCAAGUUAUCAUUUUUCAUGGAUGGCAUCAAAUUUGGCGAGCACAUCGUGUCCGACUUGGGUGUUGCGUUCGAGAACAUGAAGGGAGAGCGCAAUUCGCGGACAUUGUACCCAUGCAUCGGCAUGCGCAAGGGUGGCGAUCGUGUCACGCUUAAUCAGAAGUGGGUGUCAAUGCCCGGAGUGCCGCCGCGCCAGAUCCUAUCGGACGCUGUGGAUGUGAGCAAGGCAUUGCAUUCAUGGUACGUGGUAAAACUACCAGAGACUCUGCUACGCGAGAGUUGGUCGGAAUGGAAGCGCUGGAGUGAUAAUCAUUGGCAGCGAUGCCAUGCACGUCCACGUGGGAUUUCUGUGGACUUUGACACUUCCCCUGCUGCGUGCAUCCGCGUCAGCAACGCUGCUGGUCUAGGUGCCCCCUUCUUGGCGGGAGACCGUGUCCGUAUUUGCUCAAAGUAUGGACAAGAGUUGAACCAGCCUGAGGAAGCUGUCAUUCUCGGUGUGUACCGCGGGUUCCUGUGGUAUCGCACAGAGACCCAAGGAAACGAGGGUGCAGAUGAAGGACGUGCAUGGGCGUGGUAUUGGUCUCCAAGUGAACUGCCGGAGCUUCUUUUAAUUCGCCGGGGCGGUAAGGAUAUGACUUUGAUUGAGAACAGCGCUAUGGAUGUGUCGGACUACGAGAGCGCACCCGAACACGGUCCGUUUAAGCCUCGUUCAACACUGGAGGAACGGGCGAGGACUGACUUCGACGCUUUUGUUGAACUGGCCACGCGGGCGCAUACGACGACAUCGGACAUGCAAUUGGUUGAGCGCCUAAACGCCUAUUGCGCAGCAAUCGGACUGGACGUAACGAACCUCAGCAUCACCGAUGCGGUUACCCCCGAGGAGGUCGAUAGCUACGCAUGUUCGGGAUCUGGGCGAUCACGUACUCGUUCGCUAGUCGUGGAAGACUAUUUCACGUCUCCAGCCUUAAAGAACAUCACGGGUGCUGAGUUGCGGGCGCGCACAGCGGUGCUACGGGUGUUGAACAGCAAGAUCCUGCGGGUGCUUCCGAUUAUUGCUAUCCAGCCUGACGAUGGAAGCAGCGCCCAGCCGAUCGAACUGCGUUCCCUGCGACGGUUAGUGUUCACGAGUACGAAACGUGCUUUUUGGGACGACGUGCUGCGUGCUACGACGACAAGCACGCCGCUGCCAUCCGAUGAGUACGAAGACCCACGCGAGAUCCGCGUUAUCCGCAUCAACCGCAUUCAAGCGCAAGCGUCAAAGCUGAGUUUGCUGUCGCAACCGGGUGAUCGUCUGCGCCGUUCAGUGUUCGGCCAACUAUACCGAGAAAUGCGUGCGUGGAGCGACAGCUUCUUCCGCCGUGCCUACUGCGGAAAGGGCCACGGAGGCCAACGCCGUGCUUUCAAGGUCAAGUUCCUUGGCGAAGGUGUCAACGACUACGGUGGACCGUAUCGCGCGGUCUUUGAGCAGAUUGUCGACGAACUUCAGAUGGACAACGUGGAACUGGCAAAGGGCGAGCAAGGCUUGUUGCCUCUGUUGAUCCCGUGCCCGAACCGCCGCAGUGGCACUGGUAGCAACCAGGACAAGUUCUUGCUGAACCCGUCAUGCGGCACGGCUUUGCUAGCGAACGGCCCCAUGGCCUUGGACCUGCAUCGCUUCCUAGGCAAGCUAAUUGGCACAGCAGUGCGUCAUGGACUGCAGAUGGGACUGGAUCUCCCUGCGCUCGUGUGGCGGCCCCUAGCAGGCCUUGAAGUCAGCCGGGCACACCUCGAGAGCGUUGAUGUUGCGGCUGCUAACAAUCUCAACCGCGUUGGGGAACUCAGCACCGAGACGGAGUCGGCGGCUGAAGAAGCCGAAGAGGUGCUGGGCUACUUGACCCUGUCGACGACGCUGAGCGAUGGCGUUGAGGUUCCGUUGGUGCCGCAGGGUGAGAAGAUGGCGGUGACUCUAGCAAACCGUGAGCUGUACGUGCAGCUCGUGGAGAAGACGCGCCUUACGGAGAGCAGCCAGCAGCUCGCCGCGCUCAAGGAUGGAUUAGCGUCUGUGCUUCCGAUGGAGCUGGCGCCGUUGUUCACUCCGCGCGAACUCGAGGUGCUGAUCUGUGGACGUCGCGAGGUGGACGUGGACCUGCUGCGCCAGUGCACGGAGUACAGCGAGGGGGCCGACGAGGCGAUGCCGCACGUGCAGCACUUCUGGGAGGUGCUGCGCGAGAUGACAAGCGAGGAGAGGACGUCCUUCCUGCGCUUCGUGUGGGCGCGCAGCCGCAUGCCCAACAGCGCCAAGGACUUCCCCAUGAACUUCAAGCUGCAGGCCGCGCACGACCCGGGCGCCACAGGCCAGCCGGACCUGUAUCUGCCCCACGCGCAAACGUGUUUCUUCGCGCUGCGGCUCCCAGCCUACACGAGCAAGGAGGUGCUGCGCACCAAGCUGCUGUACGCCAUCCAGAACUCGCCCAACAUGGACGCCGACGUGCGGCUGCACAACGCCGAAGGGUGGGCAGACGCCUAA